AUGUCUGGCACUGCCCCUUCCUCCAGGCCACCGAUAUUGUUGACUUCACCGUCAGCCCUUGCUCGGAGCGUCUAUGUGCGGUUCUUAUCACUCUGGACACCGUCCUUCGUCCGGUCGAUGCUCUACGGCCAAGUGCUCAGCGUAGCUCUCACGUCUGUAUCUGUUUUAACCACAGAACUAGUCGAUCGCAACUGGGUACUCCCGAGUACCCAAGUGUUUUUCUCUUACGCCUCCAUGUUUAUUGUAUACACACCCUACACGGUAUACAAGUGUAUGCCUGUCUACCACUUGUCCCGUGUGCGAAUACCUGCUGAUGAGUCGUAUUGUCAAGAUGGGAUGAAAGGGUGGUGUAAACUAAUCGUGCAUGAUGGAUGGAAAUACCUCAUCCUGACGCUCGGUGACUUUGAAGCAGGGUAUCUGUACAUCAAGGCGUUUGGAUACACUGACUUGAUGUCAUGCAUGCUGCUUGACGCGUGGACUAUACCCGUGUGCGUGCUGGCCUGCUGGGCAGUAAUGCAUGUUCGUUACCACUGGACACAAGUCUUGGGGGUAGUCAUUUGCAUUGGCGGCCUGGCGCUGCUCGUGACAUCAGAUUUGCUGACUGGUAAAAAUGGUGAUGCCACACGCAGUGGUGAGGGCGAUGGCUUCAUGCUCGCAGCGUCCACACUUUAUGGUUUCGUCAAUGCGGUGGAAGAGUUUCUCAGUACGGCGCUCACCGUUGUCCUGGGACAGAUGGGCCUAUGGGGUAUGGUGGCGAGCUCCGUACAAUCCUCAAUACUCGAACGUCAAAAGUGGAAAACAUCUACAUGGGAUGGAGUUACAGCCGGGCUCUUGAUUGGACAAACAAUUACGACAUUCACCACAUAUUCGAUACAAAUGAUGCUGUUCCGCAUGGCCUCAUCGCCGUUCUUUAAUAUCUCACUGCUCACUAGCGACUUCUAUGGCUUGCUAUUCGGUCUUUUUCUCUUCCAUUACUCGCCAUACUGGCUAUACUUUGUCGCCUUUGCGAUUGUGAUUUUUGGACUUGUCAUUUAUUUCUGGCAUGCAACACCGGAAGAGCAGGGAAUGACAAAAAUCGAACUUCCUAAAUACCUCAAUACCGAGAGUGAGACCAGUGUGGAGGAUGACGAAGGAUAG